GGAUCUGUUUCUUGGAAACGGACAGAGUGAACACACCGGUACGGAACAGCUGACAGCAAAACGUUUGUGUAGGAUUUCUUGGCUUAUAGUGUUUAGCCAGUGUUCAUUUGGCUCAAUAUUUAAUUCCCAUUUACACUGAUCUGGCAAGAAAUGAAGAUGUAAAUAUAUUCUCUGGUGGUGUUUCAUAGCAUUGAAAUGAAAAAGCGUACAAACCAGAUUCGUUCUCAACAAAAGUCAGAGAGAGCAGUGAGGGAAGCUGUUACUGAAGCUGCAAGUCACAACCCGUUUCCUGUUUCUGGGGAGAAGGCAUCUGUGGACGCCACAGCAGCUAAAAGAAAGGAAAAACGGAACAAUCUGGAUGGAACCCAAACAGUAUCUGCAUUGUGUCCAAAGGAAGGACGACAAGUUGUUACUAAAGGGUUUACAAUCAAACCAAUUGUCCCUGCAAAGAAGAGCGAUGUUCUGUCAGUUGCCAAAGCCAUGCACAGAGAGAAAUUUGGAGAGAGAGUGAAAGAACUGUUUGAUCCAGAGAGGGAUGCUGCACUGAUGGCAAUACAGACAGGUAUUUACAUUGGAUGGAGAUCUCCCGAGUACUCCUGGGAUUGCUUCCGAGUUGGAGAUGCGUCCAAGUGUUUCUGUGGACACCUACUGAAUGAACACAAGAGUUACUCAGAUUGCAGUCUCUCCCCAGACGCAGGUACUGGAUCUCAAAAUCGAAUCCAAUUUCAUUAUGACAAAAUAAAAAACUUAUGCCAGCCAUUCAUCUACAAAGGAGAGGGGGGAAAUGCAAAUCGUUUUGCCAAGGAGAAAGAAUGCAUGAAGAACUGUUCUGCCACACCUGAUCUUCUUUAUCCCGAUGACCGAAAAACGUUGUGCGACAUGCCAUCAGUGACAGGCAGCUGCUAUGGUAGGAUUCUUAUGUGGUACUUUAACAGCACGGCUUCAACCUGCAGAACCUUCAUUUACAGCGGCUGCCACGGGAAUGCAAACAGAUUUUCCACAAGGGUGGAAUGCUUGGAGUUCUGCAGAGGAAAAUCUGUUAGAGCAAUUGGAAAUCAGGCAGUGGAAGAAAACCCUGAAGAAUCUGCAGUAGAUGAAGGUCUAAUAGUGGGGAUUGUGGGAGGCUGCAUAUUUGUCGUUGCAGUUGUUGCUGCAAUUGUCGUUUUUGUCACCCAAAGGAAGAGCCACAGUAAAAGAAGAAGCACUGAAGUAGAGAUGAAGUGAAAAGAAAAACAACAGCAAAAAUACACGUUGGAUCAGGAAUCAAAGUGCAUUUUCAGUAAAAAAUAAAUAAAUAAAUAAAUAAAUAAAUAAAUAAAAUGAAUGCUGUACAUAACGGGCAAGAUUCUCAAGAUUCUCAAAUUGUUAUAAACAGCACAAUGUAUUUUCUUCUGGUGAAAACGUCAAUUACAAAUCCAUGUGUCAUUGUCUAUUUCUGAUUAUAAUAAUGUGAUAAUUAGUAAUGUGAGAAUCUAUCCUAAUGUUUUUGAUUGUUUGAGAAGAUUAUUUACUGUAAAGGCUUUCAAUA